AUGGGGAAAUAUAAUUGUCCUUAUAAAGGGUGCGGUCUUAGAUAUAGUAAAAAUUCCAAUUUGCAUAGGCAUGUAAACACAUUUCAUCUGAAAAUCAGAUUCGUAUGCGAGAAGUGUGGAAAAAAAGUGACUUCUGCUCAGAGUCUCAAAGACCACGGAUACUUCCAUUCUCGAGCCAAGCCGUAUAUUUGCAAAAUUUGCGGUGAGAGAUACCGGCAAAUAAGUCAACUGUCAGUGCAUAGAAGGAAAUACCAUCCUUAUAUGAACUCUAAAAAGAAGUGUGAAUUUAUUGAGGCUAGAAUAAAUUUAAACCUCCUUGUGGAAAAAAUCUUAAGUGUCUAUGUAAUCCCUUCAGGACCUUUUACAUUAGAAGAUGCAAGACUGCCUCCAAUUUUAAAUAAAUAG